AAUGCAAUCGAUGAACACAUCCGUCAUCCGCCGCCAUUUGCGAAAGGUUGAUCGCUGCCUCGCAGCGCGAGUGUCAUCUCUUUGAUUAUGUCGAGUGUUUAAUUUGUUAUUUUCGAUAAAACUGUGAACUCAGUGCCGGUAUUUAACCAGUUAAAAUGAUUGUGAGAUUCUUGAGCGUUUUGUGCGUCGGAUUUUUGGUGUCUUCGGUGUACAGUGCCGAAGGAAACAACGACAAUGAAGACAUACCAUACUUGGAGCUGGAGGAGCCUGAGGAGGGCUACCAUGGACUGAUCCGCGAGAACGAAACGCUGGUGGAGGUGACCCCGACGAUCAGGGCGCGAGGACCGCUGUGCUCCUUCCUGAUACUGAACAACAAGCAUCAUGGAGAAGCGCCCUUCGAGAUAAUGGUGAUAGAUGAGAACGAGGCCCGGCUCCGCGUGCGAUACCCGCUCAACUGCGAGAAGCGGCGCAACUACAAGUUCGACAUCGCCGCCGUCGGCUGCGACGGAUCCUACUCCAACACUGUCCCAGUCCACAUCACAGUGACUGACGUGAAUGAGUUCGUGCCGGUGUUCAGUCAGGCUGCGUACGUGAAGGCUGUGGAUGAGGAUCACCUCUAUGAUGAGAUACUGCGCGUGGAAGCCACUGAUAAAGACUGCACGCCAAGAUACGGUGACGUGUGCAAGUAUGAGAUACUCACUGAUAGGAGCCAGCCGUUCACCAUCGACAAUGAAGGUGUUAUUCGAAACACGGAGCCAUUGGACUACGAGAAGUCCCACAACCAUAUCCUGUCGGUGGUGGCGUACGACUGCGGCAUGAUGCAGUCCGCACCCGUCAUGGUCACCAUCAAAGUGAACAAGCCCUGCAGGCCAGGAUGGAAGGGUCUGGCGGAGCGCGUGGACUACGCGCCCGGCAGCGGACCACUGGCGCUGUUCCCCGCGGCGCGGCUGGAGGCGUGCACGUCGGACGCGCGCUGUCCGGGCGUCACGCGCAUCCAGGCCGCCGUCACGCUGCGAGCAGCGCGCGCCGCCACCGGCUGCGACCGCGACACGUACGCGCUGCACCACCAGCGCACGCUCUGCGGUACGUACGAGUGUCGUGACGGAGGCGUCACGUCGGACGCGCGCUGUCCGGGCGUCACGCGCAUCCAGGCCGCCGUCACGCUGCGAGCAGCGCGCGCCGCCACCGGCUGCGACCGCGACACGUACGCGCUGCACCACCAGCGCACGCUCUGCGGUACGUACGAGUGUCGUGACGGAGGCGUCACGUCGGACGCGCGCUGUCCGGGCGUCACGCGCAUCCAGGCCGCCGUCACGCUGCGAGCAGCGCGCGCCGCCACCGGCUGCGACCGCGACACGUACGCGCUGCACCACCAGCGCACGCUCUGCGGUACGUACGAGUGUCGUGACGGAGGCGUCACGUCGGACGCGCGCUGUCCGGGCGUCACGCGCAUCCAGGCCGCCGUCACGCUGCGAGCAGCGCGCGCCGCCACCGGCUGCGACCGCGACACGUACGCGCUGCACCACCAGCGCACGCUCUGCGGUACGUACGAGUGUCGUGACGGAGGCGUCACGUCGGACGCGCGCUGUCCGGGCGUCACGCGCAUCCAGGCCGCCGUCACGCUGCGAGCAGCGCGCGCCGCCACCGGCUGCGACCGCGACACGUACGCGCUGCACCACCAGCGCACGCUCUGCGGUACGUACGAGUGUCGUGACGGAGGCGUCACGUCGGACGCGCGCUGUCCGGGCGUCACGCGCAUCCAGGCCGCCGUCACGCUGCGAGCAGCGCGCGCCGCCACCGGCUGCGACCGCGACACGUACGCGCUGCACCACCAGCGCACGCUCUGCGGUACGUACGAGUGUCGUGACGGAGGCGUCACGUCGGACGCGCGCUGUCCGGGCGUCACGCGCAUCCAGGCCGCCGUCACGCUGCGAGCAGCGCGCGCCGCCACCGGCUGCGACCGCGACACGUACGCGCUGCACCACCAGCGCACGCUCUGCGGACUUGACCCUAAGACUGUGGACCUGCUGCCCAGCCCCGGAGCCGGCAACGAAUGGAUCAAAUCGCUGAAACCCGACUCUGGCCGCGACGGGGAGCAGGUGUUCGAGUUCGACGGCGAGACGACGGCAGCCGUGGUCCCGGAGACGCUGGUACCGCACCAGCUCACCGGCACCUUCUCCAUCUCCACCUGGAUGCGGCACGCUCCGCCCCCGGACCACGACAAGCAUCGCAAGGAGCACAUCCUAUGUCUCGCUGAUGACCACAAAAUGAACCGCCACCACUACGCUCUGUUCGUCCGCAACUGCCGCCUGAUCCUGCUGCUGCGUCGUGACUUCGGAGACGGAGAUCUCAACAUAUUCCGACCGGCCGAGUGGCGCUGGAAGAUCCCAGAGGUGUGCGACGACGAAUGGCAUCACUAUGCGAUCAACGUGCGCUUCCCGAGCGUGGAGCUGGUGGUGGAUGGUGAGCCUUUCCGCGGUGACGGUGAUGCUGGACCCGAAGUCAUCGACGAUUGGCCGCUGCACCCCGCGCACGGGGUCAACACCACACUCGUCGUCGGAGCCUGCUGGCAGGGCACGGAGAGCGACAUGAAGCACCACCUGCACGGGUGGCUGGCGGGGCUGGGUGUGGCGCACGCGCCGCAGCCGGCCGGCGCGCUGCGCUGCGUGGCGCGGUGCCGCGAGGGGCUGCAGCUGGCGCCCGCGCUCUACCUGCGGGCCGUCUCCGUGGAGGGGGACGGCGUCGCCGACGUGGAGACGCUGCUGCGGCGCGUGGCCUACGCGGACGCGCGCGCCGCGCCCACGCCCGGCCGCCGCAACGUGCACGUGGCCACCACCGUCACCUGCGACAACGGCCGCGUGCUGCGCGCGCGCCCCGCCGACUCCUACGUCAUGGUGCUGCAGCCGCAGGUCCCAAGCGUGCUGCUGAACGGCACGGCAGACUUGGCGCGCGACUACGCGACGUUCCGCGGCGGGCUGCGCGUGUUCCCGGACGUAUCGGUGGGCGCGGGCGCCGGGCGGCUGGACUCGUGCGUGGUGUCGGUGUACCCGGCGCUGAACCCGGACCACGAGGCGCUGUCGCUGCCGGACGCUGCCGGCCUGCCGCGCCGGUACGACAUCCGCGCCGCCGUCACGCGCGACGGUGUCAUCCUCUCCGGCGCAGACUCCGUGACCAACUACCAGACGGUGCUACGCGAAAUCGAAUACAGCAACAAGAAGCCGGCUUACUACCUGAACCGUGUGUUCAAACUCACCUGCUCCGAGCUCAACGGCCGCUUCACCAGCAAUGAAUACGUGCAGACGUUGACGGUGGUACACCCGCACAUGUCUGGUGGUGAGCCACUUGCGCGCGAACUGAACCCCAGCGGUAUGGCCGACAAGAUGGACGCCGUCGCCAGAGACAAACAGGAGGAGCACUCUCGGGGCGCGGAGGGCGCGGGCGGACCUCCACGCGGCGCGGCGGCGCGCGCGCUGUCCCCGCGCGUGUUCGCGGCGCACGCGCAGCGCUCGCAGCACGCCGCCGACGUGCCGCAGCCGCGCGUGCUCGACCUGCACCCGGACUCGCCGCCCACCAACCACGUGGCGCUGGUGAUCGGCGUGGUGUCGUGCGGGGCGGUGGUGGUGCUGGCGGCGGUGGGCGCGGCGCGCGCACGUGGCCGGCCCCGCGCCCCCCGCGCGCCGCGCACCCCCCGCGCGCCCGCCCCGCGCCGCCUGCCGCCCGCAGACGCAGAGAUGGCCUGGGACGACUCCGCCCUCACCAUCACCGUCAAUCCCAUGGAUGAGUCCGCGAGCGGUGAAGGCGGAGUGAGCCGGCCGGACGCCACAGUGUGUGCACCGGACAGCUCGGACGCCGACUCCUGCUCCGACUCCGACUCUGACCAUCACGACUCCUCUGACGACGAGGACGAUGUGAUGCCAGGCAAACAACAUAAGUACAGGAACAUCAGUCAAUUGGAGUGGGACAACAGCACGAUGUAAUGCGUGCGCGCAGUCGCGGACUGUACUUAACGCACCUCCACUAUCCCAUCCCCCACCCUUCUGCCCACGCAACUCCCUCUCGCGCCCCCAUAAACCCCAACAUAUUGCUAUUCACCUGACACGCUUCAAUGUUACUCUAAAAUAUUUAUAUAAAUUGCAUAUUUUUAUGUGUAACUUUAAAUGCACCUAUAUAAUUAUAGAAUUGUACCGAUUAUAAGAAACUAUAUUUACUUCAAAUAUAUUCAUUUUGUUGCAAAUUGCAACUUAAGAUGCAACGCAGUGCAUUUUAUUGCAUUAAGAAAUAGUUACGCCUAUCUCAACAUAUUUACAUGCAAUGUUCACGGCUCGAAUUUAAAUGUAUAAGAUUACCCAUGUCGAAAGGAUAACCCAAUAGAUAGGGUUAUUAAUAUUAAAGGGGUUUUGUCCAAUCCAGUGUUUUCUACCCCAUUCCAUAUUAAAUGAUAGUUUCGAAUCGGUUUACGAUAAUGCAACAUUUAUUUAAGACAUAAGUAAAUCAUUAUAUAUAUUAUUGUCUAUGCGUAAAUGCAACAUUAUAAAAAACUCAUUUAAUUACCCUAAAAUAAAUAUUUAUCAUUGUUAUCAUGAAUAAUAAAAUAUAGACUGAAGAAUGGUCUUGUUAUAUGGAAUUGAAACUCCGCAAUAUCACACCUCAUCAUCAUGAAUGUACAGCAUUUUCGACCUUAAUGGUAUACGUAUAGAGUACACAUUGCGGCGUGUCAGUAGAUAUUCGUGAUAAGGAAUUGAUUUAUGCAGCCGCCGUCGUGGGCUAUGCUCGCACAGCAUACGGCACGACGCCUGUCCGGACGCCCCGGACACUCCGGACGAUCUCUGGUAUCUAAAUAAAAAUAACAAAAAAGCAAAAGCAAUUUCACUAUAGUGACUAAUAACUCCAUCUAGUUUAUGAAGUCGGUACUAACUUUAAAUUAUUGAUUAAAAUAAUUAUAAAGAAGGUUCAUUGAAACAUAGUUAUGAGAAUUAAAACAGUGGCGCGUCACUAAAGUACAUUGGUUUUUUGAACGAAAUUGUACUCUAUGAUAAUUCGAUAAUGUCCAAUAUCGAAUAACAAGAUGAUAUGACAUAUUAUAUUUUCAGUUUAUACCAGGGAUCAUCGUGGGUCGGGGCCAAUUUUAUUUCUAGAUUAAGGUCUCAAAAUUGAUCAUAUCAAAAACUUUAUACGUAAAUGUUUAUUUUUCGUCCUCGCUUGCUUUCGUAGAACGAUACUCUCGUUGUUCUUAUAGGGAUCGCUCUUGACUCUUUUCUAUUCGUUUGUAAUAUUACUGUAUGUAAGAAAUGACAGUAGUUCUUGUUGUAAUUUCGUAUGGAAACGGUAAUCUUAAGAUAGUUUAAGCGUCAGAUAUGAUGUAUAUUGAACACUAAAGUGACAUAUAGCUUCUGUGGCACUCCACUCGCUGAACACAUUCAUAAAGCAAAUAUUACCGACAACGUGGCGCCAUCCACGAAAAAUUAACGUCUAUUUUAUCUAUGGAUUUUAUCUAUUCUUUUGGCGCCUAUAGUUACGUGGCGCCAUCUACAAUAAAUUAUAUUUGGUCUGUAGUAUUUGUCUAUGCUACUUUUGGCGCCAAAUUAACGUACAGUUUUGAGUUGAGUACAAAUAGAGCAUUUGAAAGCAUUUAUUUGUUUCAGUACAAUAUAAAUUAAUAUUGUACCGGCAGAAUAUGUCCAAACACUUCUCCCUUACGAGCUUCUAAAAUCGGCUUAAAUGUAUAUUAGGCACAGAGUUAUUUGGAAAAUGAUAUAAAUGUACGAUAAUUAUACACAUUAUACAGAUGGUAUGUCUAGGAUCAGUUACUAUAUAAACUAUAUUAUUAUAUAUAUAUUUUGAAUGCGUUAAGGAAUUUUUACUAACAACUAGGUUAAGGCAAAAGCCGCGAGCACAAUCAGCCGUAGGCGUUAGUUAGGUUUAUUUCAUCUGUCGGCCGUCAUCUUGAGGGUGGCGGUGUGUCUCGCUCGCACCCGCGCGGACGCAUAUCGCCAUCUCCGUCGAGAGGUUGCAUAUCAUGGAUCGUUUGCCAUAUUAGUAUAGAGUAUGUGUGAUUCACCGACUGUACAAUCAUUAAGCAAUCGUUGUGGACAUAAUCAUUGAUGUAUUCGUCUAGUUGACGUCUCGUGUUUGUUCGUUUCCGUCACUCUCGCUGUCAGCCCUCUGUCGGUCGUUGCACAAAUGUAUUAUCUGUGCUCGUGACUGACAGCUGUCAUUCUGUCAAUCGAAGCAACGUAACGUAACACAGCCCAAAUUUGGCAGUAUGGCCGUUGUCUGUGUCCCCACGCGGUGACUGACAGCUGUCAUUCUGUCAAUCAAAGCGACGUAACGUUAUACUGCCCAAGUUUGGCAGUAUGGCCGUUGUCUAUGUCCCACGCGCGAAUGUAAAUGAGUUAUGUGUUUAGGAAGUAACUCUACAUUUCUUUGCUGUUCUGUAAACGAUGUAGUUUUCAUUUGUAGUUUGUUUUGACAACGAAUAAAUCUUCGGCCGGCCCCUGAACACGAACUCGCUGUUAUUAAGUUUUUUUUAUUGUUUGAUCGUUAUGAUUCGUUCACUCGACAGCCGUCCAUUUCUAUUUAUCCACGUUUUAUAAUUUUUAUUGUCUAUUACCCGUUUGCAAACGGACGUGGCACAAAUUUGGCACAAAGCAGGCGUUUGGUUUUGCCGUUUUGAUGAGUAUUAUUGUGAGGUAGCUAUUUACUUGCUAUUAUUUUCACUUUAUUUUGUAUCGUCCUGGUAUUAUAACAGUAUACUUAUAGAACUUCUUUGAUGUAUGAAUUAUUAUAUUUUAGCUAAAAAUAAAGUUGGUUUAAACUAC